AUGCUUCUAUCGAGACAUAACAAAUCGUUUCGCGCCGAAUGUGUACCGAGGUCGGUAGUACGUAACUGUUUCAUAAAGGACGUAUCCUUCAAUGAUAUACACGCAAUUAGUUUGAUCGACACCGGGUCGUCGAAUGUGCUGGUCCGUGCCAGUCUCGCAGACCGAUCAGUAACUGUUAUCGACCGUGUCUCUAGACCGUUAUACACAGUAGGUGACUCCUCCCAGCCGAGUGUUAUCACUCUGGGCGAGGCGACGGCGGACAUAUUAAUAGAUGGGGCGUAUGCGUCUGAACAUCCGGUUUUGGUGGUGAGCGAUGACUCUAUACCUGUAGAUUUGAUAGUUGGCAGAACGUGGUUGAAUCUACCUCACAUAAGCUACCAUAAACACCAAGAUGAAUUUGUCAUUGAGUCCUUGAAUGUCAUCAAUCCGUCGUCCACCUUCGAACAUGUGUCAGUAGAGGUGUCAGAUGUGUGCGCGGCACUUGUUGCCAUCGACAAGCCGCCAUUGUCGCCGUUGGAAAAAUCCGAUAUCAACAUCGAUCCGCAGGUACCUGGCGACGUAAGUCACCGAUUGUUAUUGUUGAUCAACGAGUAUCGUGACGUGUUUGCAACAUCACUGUCGGAACUCGGAUGUACUGAUGUGCUUAAGAUAAAUAUUGUUGAGGCGACCGGAAGUACCCCUGUACGUCAACGGCCGUACAGGACCUCGCCGACUGAUCGCCGUACUGUCGCUCGUAUAUUGGACGAAUGGAGAUCAGCUGGUAUCAUUACCGAUUCUACCUCGCCGUACGCUAGCCCGGUUCUGUUGGUCAAUAAGGGCACCGGAGAGAAGUGA